AUGUCCGCUGUCUACCCUAACGAGAACGAAAAAGUGGGUAUCUACCCAACUCUGCCAACUGCUCCACCAAUGCCGCCUCCUUAUACUCCAGUAGAUCCUGCCAUUACUGUACCAACUCGAGCCGAAAUGGAAGAUGAACUUCGAAAAGUUGAAGAUGAAAUUGCUACUUUACGGGCUGUUCUAGCUUCAAAACAAGAGCGAGUCGCCCAAUUAAAGCGUGAUCUUGGAGUAUACGGCCUUGACGUUGUCAAAGAUGACAUCAGAAGAACCGCUCACUCGGUAGCCCAGUCUAAAGCAUUCACCACUGUUAAGAGCGCGGUGACGAAGCAAUGGAAUAAUGUGACACAAACGAAUGCCUACAAAACGGUGAAUAGCAACGUUUCAAACUUCGUUAAAUCAGUGAAGUCCUCUAUGAAUGGAAAUAAUUCGGCAACUUCUCCGCCCUAUAGUCAACCACAAGCUCCGCCCUACUAUGGUCCCAGCACUUGA